AUGUCUCAAGCGGUGCUGGCCACCCGCAAUGCUGCAAGGUUUACAGGCGAGAUUUCCUCGCUUACAAAAGCAGCGAAGUGGCAGCAGGCAGUUCGCAUCUUCGCGGGCUAUGAGAGCUUGUUUGGGCUGGACAUCCGCGCGACCAGCGCGGUGUUGGGAGCCUGGCAGAGGGGCAGCAGCUGGACGCAGGCCGUGGCACUGUUCCAGCGCGCGAAGUCAGCACGUCUGCACCUGGACACGGUUGGCUUCAGCAGCCUUGCGUGGGCCUACGAACGGGCCACGCAGUGGCGUCGCGUCCUGGCGCUGUUGCAGGAGAUGCCUCGCCACGGGGUGCUGCCCAAUGCCGUCACUGUCACUGCAGCCCUGCGCGCUUUGGGGCGCAGUGGAGGCCAGUGGCCCGCCAUGUUGGAGCUGGUGGAACGGUCAAGAGAGUCCAAGCUCUUGGACCGCUUGGGACUUGAAGCCCUGGCGGCCGGCCUGCUACGCAGUGGUUGCUGGGAGAGGGCGCUGUCAGUGCUCAGGACCAUGCCUGGCUUGCCCAGCCUCGCCUCCUGCAGCAUGAUGACCAGCUGCUUCGAAAAGGCAAGGAUGUGGCGAGAUGCCGUGGCAUUGCUCGCAAACAUGGGCGACAGCCUUUUGCAGCCGAACUCCAUCAUGAUCAACAGCCUGUUCAGCAACUUCGAGGUAGCCUCUCUGUGGACCAGGUCAUUCCGAGCUUCGGGUGGAUGCUGUUGGCCUCACCGCUGCGUUGUUCAGCUGCGAGGAAAGCGGCCGAGGUGCUGCAGUGUGGACGGUCCUCCGUGA